CACACUCUCUCGCUGCGUCGCACAGACCCACCGGAGUCCAGGUGAACCAACGCGCCGCAAACAGGAAGGAGUUUGCAGACUUUGUCACCUGCAUCCCAUAAUAUGUAAUCUGUCACGGGGGAGGCGGGGCUUGUUGUGUUUGGGUCGAUUGUAUUCGGGGGCCGAGCAGCCGGCCUCCCAUUGGCUGUCGGGCCUCGACUAAACGCCACGUUCAAGAGACGCAGACGAGUCGAUGCCUUCAGGGAAUUUCAGAAGUAAUGAUUACGUGUGCGGCUCCCAGACCUCCCACUAUGAGAGGUGGUUCUGGACCCAAAGCGGACCCAGAGAGGAGAACUGGAUGAAGAACCGCCUUCAGUCAGUGUUUCACUAACCGGGUGAACACCAGAGCAUCGCAUCUGAUCGACAAGCAGCAGAACAAACUCAAAUACAUGGAGCGGCUCACAGCCACAGAACCACAGAACCACUGAACCACAGAACCACAGAACCACAGAAACACAGAACCACAGAACUACAGAAACACAGAACCACAGAACCACAGAACCACAGAACCACAGAAACACAGAACCACAUAACCACAGAACCACAGAACCACUGCAUUCAUGAGAGCUCUGAGCUCCAGAUGAUUUCAGGAUGGAUCAGAACCACCAGCAGGAGGAAUAAGAACGCCUGAUGCUCCUUCAGAGUCUGGCUUUAAUGUUGAUGCAGUAACACGCCCCGCCAGAGUCAAGCGCCUCGAGCCGGCGCUCUGGGUUCAGAGGAGCGACCUUUCCUCGCUGGCAGGAAGCUUCACGUCACGCUGGAGUUAUGAACUCCCCGAUGAAGGGCAGAUCCUUUUCCCCCCGAGGAAAAUAAUCUGCGCGCUGAGAGACGAAAAGACGAUGAAAUGUUCUGGUGACCGAAAUAUCAGAAGAGGAAGAGGAAGAGGAAGAGGAGCCGCCUGGGAGAGCAGCAGCGGGAGCGUUUGAGUAAUGCAGAGCGAGAGAGGACCGGACUGCUUCUCAGCCACACGCUGCUGGUGGGAACUCAUCCAAGGCCCCUGGGAGCGGACCCUCCUGGGAGCUCCUGGUCGUUCAUGAGGACCCGAGCCAGAGAACUCUUCUUCUUCUUCUUCUUCGGGCGGUCCGCAGCACCACAUGUGGAAGGAUGACUCCUCCUCCCCUCCUCCCUGCUUUGAGGGUUUUCUCGUAUUUCCAAACACAUCCACCGCCUGCCUGUGAGGACUAAGACGUCCAUCUCGCAUCUGCACUGACGGUUUCCUCUCAUCAUCAUCAUCAUCAUCAUCAUCAUCGGGAGGGACUCACACGUCUCCCCCUUCGAGAGGCGCUUGACUCUGAGUUGCGAUGGAAAUGGAGAAGGGCCACCCGUCCGUGAGGAGGGGAGUGAGCUGGAGUCCUGGAGGACUGAGGAAACCUCUCCAGGCAACACACAACACACACACUCCUGGGACCGAGUGCAAUGCAUCCUGGGAAACGGCCGGAUUCAACAAAGAACAGAUGAGCCGGAAAACAAAUCUGACCCGCAGUGCCAGUUUAUCAGAGAAGGAGCUGAAGGAGGCUCGCGUGAGGAGUCAGAUCAUCGCCGCUCAGCUCACCGUGCCGUCCAGCUCCAGCUCCAGAGGCGUGCAGCUCUUCAACCGCCGCCGGCAGAGGGUCAGUGCCUUUACGCUGGAAAGCUGUGGCGAGGAUUCAGGGGGAGGCCGAGCUGAGGAUGUAAGAACAGACCCUUCAUCCAACACACCGGCAUGGGCAGAGAGGAGCACUGAGGACAAGGAUAGAGACCUGAACCUCAAGAACAGCGGUACCAAGCCAGCACCGGGGAGGGUGCAUUCAGGAGGGGAUAUCAUAGAGGAACCGGGUCAGGGUUUUCAGAAGGGAGACUACAUGGAGGACGUUGCUAUCCAAGAGAGACAUUUCCUCCCAGUCAAUGAGGAGCAGGAGGAAGAGGAAGAGGCAAGAGAUCAAAUUCACGAGAUUCCCCCUGGAAGUAAUUAUACUGAUCCAGUUCUGAUGAGACAUGAUGAAGUAGAGGACGACACUCUCACUGGGCCGGCUCCCCAAGGAAAGCUUCACAAUGGCUGCCAGAGUAUCUCUGGAACCGAGCGGGCGUCCGUGCCCACAUCCAAGCAGACGAGUGCCAUCACCAAUCGAACCGCCAGGCCCUUCUUCUCGCCACUGACGGUGCAGUCUCCAGAGGUGGCCAGCCCCGUCAUGGGCAUCCCGCCUCCUCCUUCCUAUGCCACUCCACCUCUCCCUGCUAUCUCUGCCCCUCAACCAUUGGCGUUCUCGCCUCCCCCUCCGCCUCCAUUGUAUCCCACACCUCCUCUACCGGCCUUCACAAACCAACCUCCGCAGACCUACUACUCCAGUCCACCUCCGAUGUCUCCUGUUAUGUCUCCUUCCUUUAAUGCACCACCCCAGUUCCCCAUGUCUUCUGUGUCCCAGUACCCACCCAUGCCCCAGUACGGCCUUCCAACAGCCCCAAGGCCCUCCACCUUUGUUCCUCAGCCGAUAACACAAAUCAAAACAGGAAUACUUGAGGAGGGUGCUGCUAAAAGGGGAAACAGGAAGUCAAUGUUCACAUUCAAGGAGAAGACAGUGGUAGCUCCGAACCCUGAGCUGCUCUCUCUGGUGCAAGGGGUUGACGAGAGGAAGAAGCAUGGACACAGAUCUGUGCCAGAGCCGGCAUCCGAAGAAGAGUUGCUGGCGUUGGGGGCAGAGGCCUCCAACUUCCUCGCCAAGGAAGAGGACAGGGCCGAGGAGGCGAGAGCUCCAGAGUGGGCUUCCUGCCUCAAGACCUCCAGGACCCGUCCGAGGGCCGAACACAGGCCGGAGCAGACCCUCACCAAUGUAUCAGGAAAGGGGGCUGAUCUUUUUGUCAAGCGUCAGUCCAGGAUGGAGAAAUACGUUGUCGAGAAGCAGAAUGCAGGACACGUUAGGUCUCCUUCUCCCACGAUGUCUCUGCCACCGUCUUGGGUGUUCCCAUCGAACAUGCCGGGCCGGGUCAAGGCCAUUGCUAAAAACUCUGACAUGAGUGCUCAGCUUUCACAGAACCUAAAGGCCCAACAAGUGGUCCAAAAGCCAAAGCAAAAGGCGGCAGCACCAGAGCCAAUUCCGGAGGCCCCUCUUUUGGAAAAUGGUUGCUCCAAGUUAGAGAUGGAGCUGUCGAGGCACCGGCCAUACCAGCUUCCCGCUUCCCUCUUCAUCCUCAACCCAGUCAAGGACCCCAUUAGCACCCUACCCAGAGGAGCACCGCAGUCCAGGAACCUGCCAUCGUCCCAGUCCUUCUCCAGAAAGGCUUCCUUACCUUCUCACUUCAGUGCCCAGCCGAUGUCUCCACAGCUGCCUCUCAGCCCCACAAGAGGAGCGGCGGAAUAUCGUCCGGAUCCGGCCUUCGGGGAGCCGAGGACCAGCUCUUCCAUGGCGGCUUUUUCUCCAGAGCGAGUGGCUUCUCCUCGGUCGGGGUUCCAGGCGCCACGGCCCACGUUUUCUGCCAAGAAGGCGGGAAUCGCACCACAGACGCCAACAGAUUCCUUCCCAGUUGAACCCCCCAGUGAGACCAGGACGCCAACCAGGACGCCCAGCCUCACCAGACGGUUCAGCAGCCCAGAGGGCCCCGCCGCCGGGACCUGGACCGCCAGUCUCCAACCGGAUCGGCCCUCCACCACCAUCUUCAGCCGCUCGGUCACGUCCCCUGUGUCCUCUUCCAGGGUCACGAGAUGCCAAUCGCCUAUGGCCAGCCAGAACAUCCAGUUAUCCACGACAACAUCCAGACCCCCUCAAACAUCUACAGCCACCUCUCCACUCUAUCCUCCUUGGGGUUCAAGGUGCCAGUCCCCGAUGGUGAGCCAGAAUACCCAGUCUUCUAACAUCUCCUCCAAUCCUGGUUUCAGACCAUCCCAAACCUCUACGACUACUUCCCUUCGGUCUCCUUGGGGUUCAAGGUGCCAGUCCCCAGUGGUAGGCCAGCAUCCCCAGUCCUCCAGCAUCUCCUCCAAUCCUGGUUUCAGACCAUCCCAAGCGUCUAUGACUACUUCCCCUCGGUCUCCUCCUUGGGCUUCAAGGUGCCAGUCCCCAGUGGUAGGCCAGCAUCCCCAGUCUUCCACCAUUUCAUGUCUUCCUACUUCCGGACCAACCCAAACAUCUAUAUCUCCCGUCUCUCCUCCUUGGGGCUCACAUUCCCAGUCUCCUGCCCUCUCUCAGACCAGUUUAUCCUUCCAGGCCACUAGACCUCUGUACAGAUCCUCCGUCAGCUCUCCCGGUCCCCCACCCAAAGACAGUCGCUGCAUGUCGCCCGUUGCUAAUAACCCAGACUCUAAAGCCAACCACCGCCUCCUGGCUAAGAACAUCAUCAAUGCAGCCAAGCGUAAGAACAGCCCCUCCCCCGGAGCCCUGAGCGGGCACAGCCUCCCCAUCUCCCCUCUGGGAGGUUCCCACCACGGCUACGACUGCCACAAACCCCCCAUGAGCCCCUUCCAGUCGCGGGCCUUCGGCGCCCAGUCGCCGACGUUCACCAGCCCGCCUCCAACGCCGACGCAGAGGAUCUGCUCCCCCGUGAGGCUCUACAACACUCGCUCCCUCACCGACUCCGACACCUCCGUCGAGUCGGAGGACUCGGGCCUCCGGUCGCCCGGAUCACACUCCUACAACACCUGCCCCCGAGGCUGGGGCGGCAGCCUGAGGGUGAAGAGGAACCCCGUCUCCACGGACCUGUGAGGGCCUUACAGGAACCAGGAGUUCAGUGUUCAGAGACCUUUGAGGGACUUACAGGAAGAGAAACCCCGUCUCCACGGACCUGUGAGGGACUUACAGGAACCAGGAGUUCAGUGUUCAGAGACCUUUGAGGGACUUACAGGAAGAGAAACCCUGUCUCCAAGGACCUGUGAGGGACUUACAGGAACCAGGAGUUCAGAGUUCAUAGACCUUUGAGGGACUUACAGGAAGAACCAACGCAGGAGUUCAGAGUUCAUAGACCUUUGAGGGACUUGCAGGAAGAGGAGCCCCGUCUCCAAGGACCUGUGAGGGACUUACAGGAACCAGGAGUUCAGUGUUCAGAGACCUUUGAGGGACUUGCAGGAAGAGAAACCCCGUCUCCAAGGACCUGUGAGGGACUUACAGGAACCAGGAGUUCAGUGUUCAUAGACCUUUGAGGGACUUACAGGAAGAACCAACGCAGGAGUUCAGAGUUCAUAGACCUUUGAGGGACUUGCAGGAAGAGGAGCCCCAUCUCCAAGGACCUGUGAGGGACUUACAGGAACCAGGAGUUCAGUGUUCAGAGACCUUUGAGGGACUUGCAGGAAGAGGAGCCCCGUCUCCACGGACCUGUGAGGGCCUUACAGGAACCAGUAGUGUUUAGAGACCUUUGAGGGACUUGCAGGAAGAGGAGCCCCGUCUCCACGGACCUGUGAGGGCCUUACAGGAACCAGUAGUGUUUAGAGACCUUUGAGGGUCUUACAGGAACCAGGAGUUCAGUGUUCAUAGACCUUUGAGGGACUUGCAGGGAGAGGAGCCCCGUCUCCACGGACCUGUGAGGGAUUUACAGGAACCAGGAGUUCAGUGUUCAGAGACCUUUUGGGGGCAUUGGAUCGACCAGUUAAAGGGUUUCUGACGUCAUUCCAUCAGAUUAAGAGAAGAGGAUCCUGGAUGAUGGUCCAUGUCGUAUGAAGUUGUCAUAGUAUUGUAUAAGACCCAUAAGGACUGACAAGAACAAGCUCUAACAUCAUGCGGUGGCUGUGGCUUGUACGCUUUCUUAAUACCAAAAAGACUAAAGGAACCAAAGAUAUUGAAGUCACUUGAGUUAACCUUGUACUUUCUACACCUGCACAGCCCAUACACACCUGUUCACGUUAAAUGGUGUUAUUCCGUUUGUAAUGUUAUCAGUGAAUAAUAAGUGCGUCUGAUGCACGUUAUAAUGGGAAGAGACUUUAAGGGUAUCAACGAGACAUAUUGAAUGAGUCAUGUGUACAUAUAUAUGUCAUUGGACUGUGUUUAAGGUGUUCUCUUUGCAUUAACAAAGGAUGGACCUAUACAGUAGAUCAUGAGUUAGAUUAUACCGACAUGACAGAUAUGGUGGGUGGGACACAUGCUGUCACUUUAUCAUACAGGGUCACAGUAUUCAGUUUAUUAUACAUUCUAAUCCAUCUGAAAUAAAUCAUGUGCUUAAUUAUAACGGUGCAAUAAUCACAAUAAUAAACUGUUUGUUAUGUUUUAUGUUGCUAUAUGUACUGCAGCUACUAAGAUGAAUGUAAGCUGCACAGACAGAGAACGACGAGGAGAUGAGGAGAUGAGGGGAUGAGGAGAUGAGGAGAUGAGGAGGUAAGGAGAUGAGGAUAUGAGAUGAGAUGAGGAUAUGAGGAGGCAAGGAGAUGAGGAUAUGAAGAGGCAAGGAGAUGAGGAUAUGAAGAGAUGAGGUAUAAGGAUAUGGGAGAAAUGAGACAAUGAGAUGAGGAUAUGAAGUGAAAAGGAGAUGAGGAUAUGAAGAGGCAAGGAGAUGAGGAGAUGAAGAGACAAGGAGAUGAGGAUAUGAGAUGAGGAUAUGAAGUGAAAAGGAGAUGAGGAUAUGAAGAGGCAAGGAGAUGAGGAGAUGAAGAGACAAGGAGAUGAGGAGAUGAAGAGACAAGGAGAUGAGGAUAUGAAGAGACAAGGAGAUGAGGAGAUGAGGAGAUGAGGAGUUAAAUGGAGGUCGGACCUGUUGAAUCAAAUGCUGUUUCCAUGAUUCAUGAGAUUUUAAAGGUGUUUUGCUGAUGUUUAAACAUUGAUGAACAAAUAUGAACAAAUAUAUGUCAUCAAAGAACAUGUCAUGGAAUACUGAUCGUAACAUUCAUAUGUGAGAUGUGUGUUUCACCACCUGUAGUCAAAGGAACGUGAUGCUUAUUGUACAGAGGCCCUCUGGUUGGAUGAGGCUCAACACAACGUUGUUAAAGAAAGCUUAGAAGUAUGUUGUGUCAUCAUAAUCUAAGUGAGAAGAGGACGAGAGCAGUGGGUCGUAUUUUAAAUACACACAUAUCUCUGUUUAAUACGUUCUCUUUGACUUCUGAAGUUUCUUUUUUAUACUUGAUUUGCACUUAAUUCCAUUUUAACGGCUCAAUUGACAUCAUUUAAAAACUUGUCAUUCAAAAAUUAGAACCAUACAAAUAAAUAACAAUGACAACAUUCUUGCACGGAUACAUUUUGUGUCCACAUGACGGUGGUGAUUACAGCCGUAAAGCCGCCGGCCGACUUCAAAACCACAUCUGGCUUUUCUUUUCAAACCAUUCUCGUCUCGCCCAGAACCGGCACGCGGCGGCGGCCCGCUCCUUCCCUCCGUGACGAGAAAGUCAAAAGCAGAAGCACAUUUCUAAAUAUUUACUCCAGUGUAUCUUUUGAGUGACAGGGACCACCUGCUGCACGGUGACCUCACCUGACACCUGCGGCAGGGUCACGCGUGUGAUGGAUUGGUGUCGGCCACUGAACACGCCGACACCCUCAAACACACAAAUAGUCAUUGUGUUGGUUCUUUCGUGAGAUGGGUAGUUUCUUUUUCUUUUUCAAUACAGCAUUCUAAAAAUCAUUUCACAACUGUAUGUCUGAAAAUCAAUGCAUAAUAAAAAAUGAACUGCAAAAACAA